UCCCUAAGUUGUAGACAAACACACUUGUCAAGGGAGAUAACAGUACAUCACCUGUGUUCAGCUGUUUAUUUUGUAUUGCAGUUGACUUAUUAUUUGUAUUAGUGGGAUAUAGUAUUGUACAUCAGGAACGCAAAGUAUAUUAGUGUUACUCUACCUACAAUCUUCUUUCUUUAGUCCCUAGUGAGAAUGUCUCUCAAAUGUUUGUAUCUAAUGAUUUGUUGGUCUACGUUAUAUAACAUAGACGCCUUGCUCCACCUCUCUGUGAACCCACCAACUGUUGAAGUGGGUCUAACGACAACAAUAACUAUAAACUGUUCACUGGAUGUGCUCUCCGAGCCUGACAUGUCCUCAUUAGAGUCUAUCAAGCUGUCCAGAUCCAACGAUACCACACCUCCAGUGUAUACGACUCUAUCUACCAUUGACACUUUCUCCAAUACUGCAACAAACAGUUCAGACAGCGCAGCAAACGCAUACGGCAAAAUUGACACUAGCGGUGUGUCGUAUUUGAGUCUGGUGUGGAACAAGCCAAUAGAAUUCCUGGGCGGAAUUUUCAAAUGUGAAGUGAGCAGUUUGGACCUAUCAGGACGUCCGCGCAAUGAAAAUAUGACAUCUCGAGUCAAUGUGGUCAGUGCUGGGGUCAACGAGCUCUUGGUCCGUGUCCAAAGCCUUAGUCUAGUGAUAGAAAACAUGUCAACAGUGAUAGACUCCUACACGAAUAGACUUUUGCAGUCCAAGAAAUCAUUAUUCCUAGAGUCAUCUCCCUUUGAAGGUUCUCGUUAUUACUUGUCUCGCCCUUUCCCGUCUCUAGUCUCGUACAUAGCUCAAGCGACUUGCGAGAUUUACGGCGGCACCUUGGCACAAGUGGACAGCCAGGAGGAGCUCAGCUUUAUACAGGUCUUCCUGCAGGAAUUCUUCAACUCGUUUUGGUUGGUUCUCAUCGGCGGCACCGACGAGGGUCACGAAGAUCUUUGGGUGUACCCAGAAAGCAACAGAAAUGUCAGCUUCUUUGCUUGGGGCUCUUACCAGCCCAGCGGGGGAGAGAAAGAAAACUGUAUAAGUUUAGAUACGUUGGCUUACUGGAACAUGAGUGACAGCCCUUGUUCGUUUACUGACUACUCAGCAAGGCCGAGAUUCUUGUGUGAAAUUCCUGAGAUCUAAAUGUUGUCUUCUCUUAAAUCGUUACAGUCUAUGCAGAAUGAAGAGCAGAAUUAAGUGUAGUAUGUAAGAGGCUUAUUGAUGAGUUGCCUUAUUUAGAAUUAUGUAUACCUAUAAGAAAGAUUCUAUUAAAGUUUAAUAGUCACCCACCCACCCGAAAUGGGGGGUGUUGUAAUUUA